UGAAGACAUUGCUCACAACGCCACCGGCAGUUUAACCGGCUUUUGAGACCACGUGUAUAAUCUUGAUAUUAUUUCUACUUGCAUCUCGCGCGAUGCGCAUACGCACGCUUAUUUAGAAUUAAUCUUCGACUUUGUUUAAUCAAAUACAAUAAGUAAAUUAUUAAAGUUGUUGCUACGAACUAUGAUAUGAAUUAUUAAUUACGUUAAGUGACCAAAAUGUAUAACAAUAACACGAAAGUCUUCUUCACAACGUCAAUAUGUGUGCUGAUUGUAGCCAUUGUGAUGGCAAGCUGGGGUUUCCCGAAGAUCGUCAGACAACAAAUAAAAAAGAAUUUGCAACUGGACAAUUCGUCGGCCAUGUUUGAAAAAUGGCGCGUCCUGCCGAUGCCGCUAUCGUUUAAAGUUUAUAUUUUCACUGUCACAAACACUGAGAAUGUCAAUAAUGGAGAGAAACCUGUAUUAAAAGAAAUAGGACCUUACGUUUACAAGGAGUAUCGUAGAAAAAGAAUUUUGGGUUACGGUGACAACGACACGAUCAGAUACAUGCUGAAGAAGACCUUCGAGUUCGAUGCCGAAGCAUCCGGAGAACUGUCUCAAGACGACGAGAUCACAGUCAUUAACUAUUCGUACAUGGCCACGGUAUUAACAGUGAACGACUUGAUGCCGUCAGCCCUCGGCCUGGUGAACGUGGCCCUAGGCAGUUUCUUCCCAAACUUAACAGAUCCAUUCUUGAGAGUCAAAGUGAGAGACCUUUUAUUCGACGGCAUAUAUCUUAAUUGCGUCGGCGAUAACUCCGCUCUAAGUCUCGUGUGCGGAAAAAUCAAACUUGACAAACCACCAGCGAUGCGACCCUCUGAAGACGGGAACGGUUUCUACUUCUCUAUGUUCGGACAUAUGAACAGGACGGAAUCUGGACCAUACGAUAUGGUUCGUGGUACAGAAAACAUAAAUGAGCUGGGUCACAUCGUGGCCUACGAUGGAAAGACCGUUAUGAACCAGUGGGGAGAUCCGUACUGCGGCAAACUUAAUGGUUCAGACAGCUCUAUAUUCCCCCCUUUCCAAGAUGGCGUUGUACCUAACAGAAUAUACACAUUCGAACCGGAAAUUUGCAGAUCACUUUACGCUAGUUUGGUGGAGAAGCGAACUAUAUUCAAUAUGAGCGCCUAUUAUUAUGAAAUAGACGAAUCUGCGCUCGCCUCCAAAACUAUGAACCCUGGCAACAAAUGUUUUUGUAAGAGUAACUGGAGCGACAACCACGACGGUUGUCUGCUCAUGGGCGUUUUAAACCUGAAUCCUUGCAAGAACGUGCCAGCAAUUUUAUCUCUACCUCACUUCUAUCUCGCUUCAGAAGAACUGUUGGAAUACUUCGGUGGUGGCGUGAAGCCGGAGAGAGAGAAACACACAACCUUCGCUUAUCUUGAAGCUACAACCGGAACAGUACUGAAAGGUAACCAACGGUUACAAUUCAAUAUAGAACUAAGAAAUAUAAAGAAAAUUCCACAACUAGAACGCGUACCUACAGGACUCUUUCCUUUACUGUGGAUCGAAGAGGGUGCAGAAUUACCAAAGCAAAUUCAACAAGAGUUACUUCAGGCUAACACUCUGCUCACAUACGUAGAAGUCGCCCGCUGGGUAAUCUUGGCCAUCGCCAUAGUUCUGUGCGUUAUAAGCGCGUGCAUGGUGACAAGAACCGGCUUGAAGCCCUGGCCGAAGUCGCACAAUAGCGUUAGUUUUAUUUUAAGGCCAAGCAACACUGUUAAUAUUAAUAAAGGGCGUUGAAUGUAA